UGAAUGCCCAGAUGUUUUUUGCAAGAUAAUUGAUACUGUUGAUGUGCACAGAGUAGCUGAAUAAUGGAGCUAGUCUACAAAACGGACACAAAUGGGGUGUCUUCUACAAAGGCAAAGAAGGACUGGAUUGUGGAAGACAAGCCGUGUUUGUGUGUGUCAAACAGAAAUGCGGCGGCAUUCAGCGUCAGUGGCGGGUCGUCGGCAGAUAGUUUCAGCAUACUACAAAGAGAGUACAUCGUCUAUGCAUGUGACCUAGAUAAACCUUGGGAUGCUCAUGAAGUUGUAACGUUACCCUCACGUAUUGUGGGAUUGAAAUGGGACAUCAAAGGGAGUCAACUCUUGGUAUCGGAUAGCGAUGGCUACUGUCAUGUCUUUGCAAUGAAGGACAAUUUGUUAAACAGCUGGAACAGUCUUGGGAAAGUCCAGCUUCCGUACGAGGAUAUUUUGGCACAAGCAUGGUUUCAUACGGGAGUUCUGGUGAACCUGAAUCUGGAGAAGAAAGAUAGCCUGAUAUACUCUGAGAAGUUCUGUCGUGCCCAGUUUUCCCCCACCCUCAGUAACAUUGGGGGGAAGGCUAUGGAUGGAUUCAUCAUUGUCACGGCUACUGGCUUAACAAUGGCCAGUUUAGUGCGGUCUGCAGGAGAGCCCAUCGUGACUGCUCAGGAGAGUUUGGCUCCCACCCACCUGCGAAUCAGCCUGGCUGAUGUGGCACACAGACAGAAUGGCGAAUUCCUGGUGGCUGUCACGGAUGGUCAAGUCUCCGCGGCUGUGCAGUGUUUCCGCAUUAGGCUAACCUCCACCGGCUCACUGUGCCACAUUUCCUGUCAGGCUCAGGCCAGUCUCUAUGUCAAAGACACGGGUGACACACAGUGGAAGGACUCGCGAAUCAGCCACCUGAGCUUUGCAAGCCCGGAGAACAGCGACACUCUCCUCAUUGGUCACAGUGACCAAGUUAACAGCUGCAUUGAGGUCUGGCAGUUGAUUGAUCAGACCUUCACACUGCACAAAAUGUUCCAAGGUAACGCCAAAACGGACAGCACCCUAACAAAUGCCAAAUGGAUGCACAAGGCAUCGGUGUCACACACCUCUCCUCUUGUUGCCAUGGCAACCCCAAAGCUUUACGUCAACCGUUAUCUGACAGAUGCAGGCGGUAUCAUCGCCUACGUCGCUGCCACGUACAAAGAUGGCAUGGUUAAACUGAUUCACAAGCACAAGAACCAGGUGAUCUCAGCAUCCCCUAAUGAUUCCCAGCAGUCCCUCAGCUCAGAGAAGAAAGGGCGAACUAUUCCGCAUUUCACGGCCUUAGAACAGACAGCUUCUGGCUGUGGAUUGGUGGGUGUGCACGGCACCAGUCUCUACCUGUACCGAUCAUUGAACCUGAGGGAGGGGACAGUUCAGUUCCCUACCCAUCAUCUCGUCUUCCUAUUAGAGUACUGUAUUGUCUCAGGCUUUGACUGGUGGGACAUUCUGCUGCUGGUUAGACCAGGUAUCAUAGAGGUUGUGUGUCAGCGCCUGACUGAUGUGUUUAACAAACAGCCACAGAGCAUGCAGGAGCUUCUCUACAGUCGCUUUAUGAGUGUCAAGUUGUCGUUGUAUCAGAGCAGCACAGUGACUCAGCUGAAAGCGGCGGACUGCCAGGCUAAGCUUAUGCUGACAGGGGUGGCUCAGGCAUUCAUCAAGAUUCUCCGUCCCAAAGCUGUGUCUGCUCAAGAUAAAAGCCCUGCUGAACGUUUGUCAUCUGUCUGUAACAAGAACCUGCUGGAGACAGACGUGGACAAGAUCAUCCCUCAUCUGGAGAGCAGUGAAUUCAUAGUGGAUUCUGCUGUUCUCCUGUCCAUCCAGCACCUCAUGCAGUGGGUCAGUAGUUUCUGUUUGCACCUGCUGACCAUUGUCCCUCACUUCCAAUCCUUCUCCAACUUCCCCGGGGCCACCAUAGUGAGGGACCCCCCCUGCCUGAGCCUCCUGCGCGAGCUACUCGUCAUCAUGAGGAUUUGGACCAUGAUCAGUUCCUGUCAGGCCACAUUUGUUGUCCCUAGCAACGUGGACACCCUGUCUCACCUCUUCAAACUCAUCACUAAAGCCUGGCUGUGCUGUAAGGAUGGCAAGGACUUUGACGAGAGCCUGAUUGACGAGUGCUGCCUGCUGCCCAGCAAGAUCUUCAUUCCUAGUCUGGACCAGAGCUUUGGCCACACCAGUCGCUGUGAGUCCGUCUUCACCCAGCCACAACCUCUCUACUUCACGCUCUCAGAGGAGCCGGACUUUAUUCUGGACAAGAGCCGGGCGCCGCAUAUCGCCCUGCCAGACAUGGUCGUGGAGUCAAAACAGAAACACGACAUUAUUCGCCAUACGCAGCUGGGCGUAAAGUUUGCAGAGCCCAUCAAGCAGUGUUGUCGUUGUGGUUGUGUGUCCCAGCUCCAAGCGUCGGCCAAGGUGCCCAUCCUGAAGGCGUGGGAGCAGGGCUGGGCGCGAGGAUGUUUCUGCGGGGGGCACUGGAAGCUGGUUGAGGACUGAAGGAUGAGGGAAAAUUAUCAUUAGGAGGGGAACAGAUGCUAAAAGAGGACAAGUCAAGGCCUUGCAUCUGUUUGGGGAACUGGAGGAUGACUGAAGGAAGACAAAGAAAUGAUUAGAAAGUUCUCAUUCGUUAGGCUACAAACAAAGCGAGGACAAGUCAAAGGCCUAUCAGAGGGCUGCUUCUGUGUGAGCACCGAGACUGGAUUGAAGGAUGAGGGCACAUAAAUGAGGACAAAGAUCCAGGGACACUAGAAACUUGAUGAUCAGAAUGUGAAAGGCUUGAUGCAAGGCAUCAGGACUGGAAACGGGUCGAAGACUAAGGUAGAAGGAUGUCUGAUAAUACGGAGUAGAUGGUUUUCGGGCUGUAGCCAUGAAUGCGGUAGAGCAUAUGUUAAAGUGAAUUCUCAUGAAGUUUAUGACUGGAACUGCUCAAUAUCACGGGUUACAAAGGGAAGUGACAGUGGCUGUGUUCAGAGGAGAGAAGUCAUCUCUACAUUCAAGCUAUGUGCUAUGUUAUGUCAGUUGUGAAACUCAUUCAUCUCAAAGAAAGAUGACACAACUCUGAGUGCAAUUAGUGAGUUGGACAGAUAACAUUAUGUGGUGUUAUACUCUGGUCUCCUAAUCUUGUAAAACUGGCCAUUGUACAAGUGAAAAAUUCCUGGCGUUGAACAACAUUCCAGUAAGGACAUAAAAUAGAUCAGUGCUAGUGAUCACGCCUUAUUGCCUGCUUGACAAAGGUAGGAAGUUGUAGAAAUCAAACAAUUGCUGUCCUUGUUUAUGUGUGAGAAUGGGAGGACAUUAUGUGCAUAUCUGCAUAUAAGAGACAUGUACUACACAUGUACAUGCUACUGCACUUUGUUCUGGAGAAUGGUUCCCCAUGGAUGUGUGCAUGUGUCCGUUAAAACCUGGUGUUAACUUUUCAUGAUCUUGUUCAGGGAAUCAGUAGAGAAAUGUACAAAACUUCCUGUAGUGUAUUUUCUUUUGAUACUUCAAUACAUA